UAUUAUAUGUCUAUGGUAUAAACAUUAAACAAUGCGAUAAGUGAUAACUGAUAACAACUGUCUUUGUUUUGUUUCUGUAAUGCAUAGAGUAAUACUAUAACUACAGUAGUCAGUACUCUAUGAUCAAAUGACUAUUGUAAUGUAAAUACAUUUCUUCAGAGUUCAGCUGUGUGGCCGUUUUUAAAAUGAAUAAAACGCGAACGAUUUUUAUUUUGGAUGCGGGGGCGUUGUUUACCCUGCAAAUAUUGCAAUUCUUCAGUCUAGAUUAUUACAUUAUGAUUGUGUUCCGGAACACUUGGUACUCCAGAUAUCCAAACAUACUCUUCCUGAUGCUCAACAUAUUGUUGACAUUAUUGUUCUACCAUACUUUCCUCAACUGUUACAGAGAAUACAAAUAUGAACGAAGUAAACAGACAGGAAAUCUAGUUGAAUGCAAAGCUAAGUAUCCUGUAUAUCUAAACUGCAUCACCUGGGGCACAUAUGUGACCGUGUUGUUCAGUAAAAUCAUGAUGAUUUUUUCCAACAAUGUCAUCUCGUUGGUUUCCAAUGAUGAUUUCAUGGGACCUCAAAUGCUUAAGUUGCUUAUUGGCGUUUCUGGUAUUGUAUUUUAUCUGUUAAUCAGUGCUGAAUGUUUUGGACGACAAGUAGAUCGUGAUAAAUGGCCAACAAAUGCAUGUAUUAUUGAGAUUUUUGAUUCUGUUGAAAUAUUAUCGAUAAUCAUAGCAUCAAAUGUUAAAAUUGGGUACAUAGAGUAUUUAAUCUACACUACAGCAUUUUUAAACUUUAUGUUACCAUUAUGGGUACUGUAUAAUGUUUCUCAACCAGACAUUGAUACCAAGCCAAUGGGACUUCCUCAACCAGUAUGUUAUAAUUUUAUGCAUUUAAUGUUAGUUCAAAUGCCUUUUUUGGGCAUCCGGAUGUAUAUGUGGAUUGUGUUCAAUCAAAAUGCCUCAGUGUUCAUCAUGAAAAAUUUGUUACACUUGUUAUUUUUUUUGCAUUCAUUGUAUCCAUACAUAAAAGAAAUUUCUAAGAAAAACCAAUAUAGUCCUGAAACUUGUCGUGAUGAAGAUAUGCCAGAAAUUCUUUUGACUAAUCGUAAGCACGAUGAACCCAAUGAAUCACUUUAAAUGAUAAUUCGUUAAAGAUAUUAACAUGACCUACUCAAUGAAACAAAAAAAUAAAAAUUAUAUUUAAGUUAUAGAUAACUAAUAUUACAAAAAUGUCCCAAUCAUUUAUGAUAUUAAUUAUAUUUUUAGAUAUAUGUAUAUAUAUUUAUUAUAAUGUAUAUUUUAUACAAAUGUACUUAAGUUUUUACCUUUCUAGUUACACAAUUAUUUUUACUUUUUACUUUUUUUUAUGUAUAAAUUAAAUGUUCAAAAAAGACUAAAUAUGUAUUCAAAAAUGAUUCUCAAACAUUAUGCCAAAUAUAAUAUUAAGACUGAUAUUAAUUUUAUAUUUUUCUAAUAUAGUUUAUUAAGGGUAUGAAUCACCAUUGUGGUAAUGUAUAUUUUUAUUUAAAAUUUCCUAACAUAUAAUUUUAAUUGAGAUGGAAUUAAAUGUGUUCAGUUUUGUUUAAGUAAAAUAUGUAGUAAUUAUAAUAAAGUUUUAAAUAGAAUUACAUAACAUUUUUUGAAGUAUUAUAAAACUGUUUUUACUUUAUAUUGUAACUGUUUUUCAUUACAUUUAUUAGAAUUUUAUUCUUAAUUAUAAAACAAAAUGUAAUUUAAAUAAAAAUAAUUUUGUAUAUAGUGUUUAUAGAUGGAUUAAACUUAAUACUUAUAUAAACUUCUUUAACAUAAAGAUUAAAAAGUUUUAUUGUGGUUACAUCUUGCAUAAUAGGUACUACAAAUUAACAUUAACAGAUUGUUUUAAUACUUAUUUUAGAGUAUUUCUCUAGAGAAUUAUCAGACAAAAUAAUUAAUGAUGAAUAAAUUUCAUGAUUUACUUACAUUGUAAUUAUUGUAUUAAAAAACUAUUUUAUGCAUAAUAUUGCAAAUGUUUUAAUAAAAAAAUCAGAAAUUGAAGUUUAGUUCAACGUCAUAGGCAGUCCAUAGGUACAUUAUAAGAUUGUAUAAUUUAUAUAUCUUUGUUAUUUUAUGAUUAAAACUCUAUUGCUAAUUUGAAGUUUUGAUGAUAAGGCUAAAAUAGAUUUGAGAUGAUAGACAGAGUUAUAAUAAUUAGUAUUUACAGACCUAGCUCCGUUCAAUCUCAUUUAUCCGAACUAUCUGGCAGUGGCGUACUUAUGGGGAGGCGAGGGCCAAGCCCCCCUCCCCCCGAAAUGAAAAGUACAACUAUUUAAAACAGUGUGUCUUCUGCUUCCUUUCCCCCCAAAAAAAUUCAAAUAUAUUUAAUCGGCCCCCUCCGAAAUGAAAAUCUAUAUACUCCACUGGUGUUGGUGAACGACUCCUUUCAUGAUUUUGUUAUUUUUUAACCAAUCAGCAACUAUGGGUAAAAUUGUUUGGUGUCAAGCUUAACAUUUUUUUAGCAACAUCUGGUGUACUCCAAGCCCCAAGGUAGACAUUUAUCACCGAUUAUGUUUUCAUUAUUUGUUAAUAGUGUAUGUAUAGUGUUUUGCCUUUCUACAAACUACUUUGUUUCACAGAUGACAUGAAGUUCUUUAUGGAAAUAAGCUCAGCUGAUGAUGUGUGAUCUAUGAAAAUAACCUUGAUUGUUUCGCUAAUCGGUGUCAUACAAUAAGUCUUAAAAUCAAUACUUCUAAAUGUCAUGACAUUCAUCAGAUUUCGUUCUCCUAUAUUUUAUAUUGUACAAAAAUUGCAUAUGUUAAUGAUGAUCUAAUAGAUAUUAGUUUUAGACUUAAAGAAUUCUUAAUCCUGGUAAUUAUAUUGCAAUGACUUCUAUAGUAGAGUGUUUAAAGUUUUAUGAUUCAUGAUAACGUCUAUCUAAGGACUUAAAAUUAGUAAAACCGCUAAGUUCUUUAUAUUGUGCUUUAGUUUGUCCUAUUUUCAAAUUAUUUAAAAUUAUAAUUAUAAUUAUCCAUUAGGAAAUUGUAUUGUAAUGUUUUACUUUUAUGUCUUUAUUAUUGAACUGUUUUAAAUGUUAAAAAGGGAAGCCCAUAUAUUUAAAAUAAAUAAAUAAAUAAAAUUGAAAUUUUUUUCUGAAAAAUGACUAUUGGAAAAAUGAACUUUGAACAAUGACUCAAACAAGAUUGGAUUCACUAAUGUUAUUUGUUAAACAAUAUAAAAUAAAUAAUAUGAAAACUGACAGUCAUCAAAAAGUUUAAAUACUACCUAAUUGACACAAACAUGCCAAAUGGUAUUAGAUAAUUAUAACAAUUACACAAUUUAAUAAAUUAAUUGUUUAUAAAAAAUAAAAUGAAAUGAAAAUUCAAAGUAGAAAAAUUGAAUUAAAAGUAUAUAUAAAUACAGUAGAAUCCGCUUAUUUGGGACACCACAUAAAGGGGACAACCGCUUAAUAGAGAUAGAUUGGCAUAGUCCUGAACGAAUGUAUCGAUUUAUUAGUUUUUCAGUUAAUCGGGACAGUCGGAUAAUGGGGGACAAAUAGGUCACCACCCAAUGUGUCCCAAUUAAGCGGAUUCUACUGUACAUGUAACUACGUGUUGUGUUUGUGUGUAUGUAUGUAUAUUAUGUAUUUAUGUGUAAUUAAAUAUACUGCAUAUGAACUAUGAAGUAAAGUCCUGAGACCGCCUAUGGUCAAUGUGUUAAAUUAUUUGGUUUAAUAAUAAAUUGUCAAUUGAUAUGUAUUAUGUAAUAUACUAAUAUGUAUUGGC